GAAAUAGCAGAGCCUAGACAGAACUGCAAACACUUCACAAGGACUUGGUUCAAUCAAAAGUUUUUUUUUUUCAGUGUUACAGUAUAGUGAAGGAUCCCGAAACAAUCACGAUGGCGACGAACAUUUCAACAGCAGCUAUGAUGACAACACUGACGACAAUGGAAGCUGAAGGCGAAAUCAUCUUCAACUUCACCGGCCUUUGGAUCUCGAUCGGAGUUCUUGGAUUCUUCGUCGUCGUCGUCGUCCUCUACGGCCUUAUCACCGCAUGGUCUGGUAGAUUAAUCCUCCCGCAGAGAGCCGAGGACAAGGAGCCACUCUCCCCGGACCAUCGCGACAACGACGUCGAAAACGGUGACAAGAAAACAUCACUGAGAACCACGGCGGAGGCAGAGGGCAGCCAAGAAGCGGAGAACGCAAUGGUUGCCGAUGAGCCACCAUCGUAUGACAAAGCAGUGCUUGGUGCAUCGUCGGGCCAGGAGGCAGCAACAAACACGGACGAUGGAAAGCUUGUUGAUGGUACAGACGUCACGGUAGAAGUUUACGAACAGAAAGUUGAUACUGCCGACGAAAUUGCAUAAGAAGGAUCUAUUCUAACCCCGAUUCUAACAACUGAAACUGAAAUAAAUUAGACCAAUUUGCAAAUCGAUUAAUUAGUCGUUGAAGCGAUCAGAUAAUCA